AUGGCAUCAAGCAAUCCGUCGGGCUCCUCCAUACCCGGCCCUCAGCCGUCGCAAGUUUCUGUCCCGGAAAACGAGACUGAACCAGAGGGUCACAAAACACUGAAAUCUCACUUGAUGUCGGCUAUUCAAACAGAUAAUGUUGAAGAAGUUGAACGAUUAUUGGAUCAAAACAGCUUCUUGACUAAUGCCGCCAUCUGCUAUGAGGUCGAAUACAACCAAGGGUCUAUAGAAUGUCAGGUCCUUCCAGUGACCAUUGCAGCGAAGUUCGGUCGAGUUGCUAUCCUCGACAUACUAUUAUCCAAUUUCACUGCCAACAUCGAUGCCCCCAUUUACAGCACUCGAACUUCAUCACUCCAUCUCGCGGCCAAUAUGGCUGGCUGGUCGCUUUCAGGCUUCUCUUAUCUCACAGAGCGGAGAUCAAUCGGGCAAACAAAUGGCCACACAGAUAUUGUUAGCUUUCUCUUAGAAAACGGGGCAAGUUCUCAGCUACGAACAGAUAGGAAGCACACAGCGUUCAGCCUCGCGUGUUACCACGGAAGCCUGGAACUGCAGAAACUUCUCUGGAACCAGGGACCCGAGACGCAAAUUAGCUUGAGAGACCAGCGAGGAAAUCAGCCGUUGCACCAUGCAGUUUUUAAUAAUAAUCACCGGGUCAUUCCAUGGCUCCUGAAGAAGCAAGCAGACAUUGAGGCAUAUGGGGAGGGUGGCCUCACACCACUCUGCGCGGCUGCUGAGGCUCUUUUGUCACAGGGAGCAUACAUCCAUGCCAGGUCCAAUAUCGGGAAGGCGAUACCAAUACUUUACGCAAGCACAAGGUUGGAUUCCCGAUUAUCAGUUCUGCUCCAGGAAUACUGUGCAUCCCUUUUGGACACGGAUAAAAGAGGCUACAAUUGCUUUCACCGCAUGCUAGAAAACGAAGGAGGCUCCUGGCGAGACUUUUUGGAUGUCACCAUUCAGUUUGUUGCCGGUGGAGCAAAUAUCAAUCAUCUAAGUGAUGGUGAUCCGUCACCUCUUGCAAGUGCAUGUCUUGAAGGCAAAUUAGGGGAGGCCAGGAUCUUGAUUGACUUUGGGGCGGACGUCAACCAAUGCGGCUCAAGUACAGGCGUUACACCGCUUACUAUGGCCUGCAAAAGGCCAAAGAAUAACAAAGUCAUUGCUAUGUUGCUUGACCGUGGUGCCGACGCCACCAAAACUCACCGUCAUGGAGGGACUGCUUUGUCAAUCGCCUGCCUAGCUGGUGAUUCAGAAAACGUUGAAACCCUUAUUGCUAGAGGAAUUGACGUUGCUCAUUUUGACAGACAUUGCCACACACCAUUGUUUAAUGCAGCAAUGAAAGGACAUUUCGACAUCAUGCUACAAGUGCUAAGAACAGCAACCUAUUUUCCUUCGAAUCCUACGAAUAAGCGGGCAUUCACAGACCCUAGGCAAAGCAGGGAGGUCAUCGGAAAAGCGGUUUUGAAAGCACUCGAACAUCUACCAGACCUGCCGCAGGAAGACCUGCACACGAUCAUGUACUGGGCUGUCGCUAAUGACUACCCUUCCUUGGUCAAAAAGUGCAUCGAGAUCGACAACUCCAUUGUACAGAAGACCAGAGAAAAGGCUAAUUGGCUUCAUACUGCUGCUCAACAUAGUAGCUCUCAGGUCAUCCGUUUCGUUUCUGAGGCUGGCGUCUCUGAGAAAGCAACAAAUGGAAAUACUGCAAUGCAUUAUGCAGCUUUCUCUGGCAGUCUCGAAACAGCAGAAGAGCUUUUCAAAUUAGUUGUUACAGGAUGCCCCGUCAACACCGCCCACGCAAAGGUUAGGCUUGUCAUGCAACGGAAUGUCUGGGACUAUACCCCGAUUUCUAUGGCAGUGUCGGGUCGACAUAAAGCAGUCAUGGACCUCUUUUGGGAAGAGAUUAGAUGUCUGGGCACAGUCGACAAGGAUUACUUGAGGACCCAUGAGGAACAGGCGGUUGAGAUACUGGAGUUAGUUGCCCGACUCGAAGAGCCAGGACACGAAGAAACCCUCAGGCAUUUACUAGAGCAAUGGUGCAUGCGAGAGCCUGAUCCUCAGAUGACUACUCUCGAACUGGCGGUGCGCUGCUCCCAAGCGACGGCAGUGUGGUGGUUGUUGUCCAACGGGGCUUACUCUUGGAUGGAUAUGUCAGCGCUUGGGGGUAUUUUCAAACCUGAGCCAGGGACCUUCCAUAAAAAUAUCAACGAUCUGCUUCGAGACAAUCCGCCUAAUCUGAGGUCCGUCGCAAAUCCGAAUGACGACAGGCCCCCGAAACUGCCACAAUGUCGAGAGAAAGGCACCAUCCACUUCAGCGGUUUCAUGAUUUUAAGGAAUCACUCCCAAAAAAAAGAAGAGAAGCUACAUGAAAAGAAGCUACCGCUGAGCGAUUCGAGCCAUGCAGCCCUCAAUCUGCUAUUUCGUUGGAUCCAUUUACCCGUUGCUGAGAUGCGUCUUAUGAGAGACCUCGCCAACCGGCUGUCACACGACUCAGGUGUUUCAGAAAUGGACCAUGAGUUGAUGAUGCAGCAUUUCAACUCCAGUUGGACUGAGUUAUCUGCUGGAGGAGGAGGGAGCUACAUGAAACCACGAGUCGCAACCGUCGAUCACAUUAUUAACUCUACGCAGCUCGAGUAUACUAACAAGCCACUGAACAAUUCGGCCGCAGGGCAGAGGCCUAAGCAAAACAUUCCAUACAUGGACUUAUACACUGACUCUAGCUGGGCAAAGAUGCCAUAUCUCGGCUUUGGGACCUAUGAGGGCAGCAGGAGCAGCCACAAAGAUUCAUUUGACAUGCAAAGAAAAGGAAUUGACGAAUCGAUUCAGAGCCGCAGACUGAGACGCGCCAACCACAGGCACAUGACCUUGGAUCAGUACUACUACUCGGUGCUCACCGACACGGAUACAAGGGAUCGAGACCAGGUCUUAUCCAAGUUCAUUGACGCUGGCAAUAAGCAGACCUUAGGGACUAACAACAGUUCCCAUGAUUCAACGCCUGGUAAAAAAGAGCGUCAAAUUUUGAUGGUCUACCCAGUGCGCAUAUUGUUCCUGGCAACUAAGCUAUCCCUAGAGACUCUCAUUACAGCCACGACAGAGAAGGAGCCUGACAAUUUUCUGGUGGAAACUAUAAGGAAAAACCUGACAGGUGGCGAGACACGAAGCCGUUUUGCACAGCCCCAAUCAAUCCAUAUGUUCAUCGAACAGAUUCUAGGUAUCACGACUGGAUUUUUCGAGUGGCCAAUAGUUGGUCUAAAGACUCCACUAGAUGUCUUUCGAGAGUCCAUUCGAAAAGUGAUUUAUCAGGCAAAUGACGAAGCAGAGCUGUUCAAGGUUUUCCAUGAGGCUCUCGAGGCAGAGCGAGGACAACAACACGAGUCCACACCGAGCUGGACAUGCAGUCAAGCGGAUGCCAAGCACGAUCUGACAGGUUUGAUAACAGAGGCAGAGACAGCGCAUGGCUCUGUGGGUUCAGUCCAGUCGGAAAUCUCACAUCGCAUUAACUUACUGCUUGAUCUGCGCCAGAAACAAGCCAGCAUAAAAGAAGCCGAGUUCGGUAGGAUUCAAGCUAACGACUCAGCGCGGCAGUCUAACAGCAUACUCAUUUUCACUAUCGUGACAAUCAUAUUCAGAGCACAGCUUCCGCUGUCAUUUCUCUCAUCUCUAUUCGCGCUCGAUGUCUCCAGUUUUCCCCACGAAUCUGGUGAUCUCAAGUAUCAAGGAUGGUGGCUUUUCCCUAUUCUUUUUGGUGUAACCGCUAUCGUCUCUGUUCCAACUAUCAUAUUAGCGUGGAAGAUCAAUAAAGUUUCCGACUGGUGGAACAAGCUAGAGCCUGGGGUUCAAAACGGACAGAGAUUUGAGAGGGAGGCAGACGACAUUGGAAGUCACUCAAGUCGACGGAGGCGAUUCGGUGGUGCUGUGAGGAAGAGAAACACAGGUGGAGACGGAAUUGCUUGA